AUGACGACGCCGAAGACGACCAACGCGAGCUUUGUUAGCAAACAGAGCAGCAGCAACCCUGCCCACGCAAACACUCAGACUCCUCGCAGCGUGCCUUCGACAGCCGCAAAAGCCUCCUCGCUCACCACGCCUCAACCACAGCAUGCCUCGUCGUCCAAGCCCGCUGCCGGUGGUAUCGCUAUGACAAGCAGCUUGAGCCAGACUUCGAAUUCCAGUCUGCACGCCCUGUCAGCCAUGUCUAACAAUCUGCUGGCCGCUUCGCCCUCUGCCAACCUGCUGGCCUUUGCAUCGCCUGCUGCUCUCGCUGGCCUGGACAUGGCCACUCCCUCGGCUCUGCUCGAUGCUGCCGCCGCUUCGCAACCCAUGAACUUGACCUUGUCCGAUCUGGGCAUUUCGUCGCACAAGCGCAAUGAGGACGACGACCGAAGGCUGAAACUAGACACUAUCCUCGCAUCCCUCCUGGGCCCUCGGCACAAUCGACGCUUCGGCAGAGUCAGCGAAGAGGGCCUAAGAAGAGUCGGACGAUGGGCAGGACUGGAUGUCGAAGUCGAGGCCAAGAGAGAAGCCCGCAAAUUUGAGGGCAACCGACCCGUCGCUGUAGCAGGCAAGAACAAUGUCUUGAUCGACUUCCAGUUCAAGAACAACCUUCCUACCCACAUCGACCUUUCGUUUUCCAGUCAAGACCAGGCUGUCACGGCCCACCAAGCUGCUGCUGCAAGCGUCCUGCUCGAUGAUCUGACCCCACUACCUGGAACCUCUGCCAUAAACACAAAGCUCGAUCGCUUCGCUGCGAAUCUCGAGACUCUCGCGAGACUGGACAAGCUCAGCGUAUACGACCAGCUCAAUUGCUUCGAAGCAAUCACUGGUGUCUACGAGAGUCUGAAGAAGCUUUAUGAGCACGAAAAACAAGCAGCCCGCACAAUCGUUCAAGCAAAGCGUGGGAACGCAGAAUUGAGGGCCGAACGUCAUGUCUUGUGCAAAAGAAGUGGUCGACCUCAAAUGCAUGCGCGCAGAAAGAUUGGUCUGAGCUUGGAUUACUGGAUGGAAAAGAGCAACAUGUACCCAUCAGAUUAUUCGGAUGCAUCCGCCAUGGACAUUGAUCCCAAGCCUUCUGAUACACCACGGAAAGAGUCCGGCGACACCAUCUUUGCGUUAGACAUCACAGCCGAGGCCGGCACCCCCGACGCUUACUCCUCUAUUCGAGUCUCAUCUUCCUGGAUUGCUGAUCGCAUAUUCAAGUCGGCUGAAGAAACGACGGAUCCUACCGAUCUGCUCUCCGGCACACAGAGUAUCGACUGGCAAGACCCGGCCCCUACCCUGCUCUCUGACAGCAAUCAAAACAACAAUGAUGCCAUGGCAAUCGACAGCAAUCCAAAUACAGGCGCUCAAAAAUUACCUGCUGUACGCUUCGUAGCGAGACUCAACCCACCACUCGCCAUGCCCUGGACAGCCGCAGCCGCCAUACUGCAGUCAGUCGGUGCUGCCGAUGUCUUAUCCGCAAUGCCAGACGUCCAGCGCACGUACGAAGGAUCACUCCUUCAAAAACCCUCUGACGUGCCACUGCUCAACAAACCCCUUCAAUCUUGUGGACCUGCCGCUUCGACCACUACAAGUGUUCUCACACCUGAUGGCGCAAGUGUGCAGCACGAGAAUGCGCUUUACGUGCCCAGGCAAGACUUUGGCCAUGUGCUGACGUCUAUCCCAUUCGCGCAUCCCCGUCAAGUGGUUGCAUUGUUGCCUGUGUUGAGACAAUGGGCUUAUUUGGGAAGUUUGCUCAAGGGCACUUUCCUCCGACCAAACAGCAACGCUCCAUCUCAAGAAGAGUCUUCGCUCUCCCUUGCCGAUUUGAUGAGUGGAACUGACAUCAGUAGUGCAAGUGCAGUGGCUGUCGAUGUCUCACUGUCUACACAGCCAUCACCGACUCUAGAAUUUGUGUUCCCCGUCAAGGGAGCGGAGAGCGGGUCUACAAGCCUAAGCACUAGUAUCUCUGCUGAUGGGCACGUGGUUGUUCUGUCACAGAACGUGGUCAAGGGCAGUCAAGAAGAACAGGACAAGGCUGCACUGAGAAUGGCAAAGGCUUUGGAGCUCGUAGGCGAUAUCGGCGUAUGGGUCGAAUGGAUCAGAAACACAUACGGUCAAUAA